AUGAGAAAUCCGGGUGAAAGUCCAGAAGGAUGCGUGCAGAGCGAGACUUCAAGCGAAGGUACGAUUGUCCGCCAUCAGUCCUAUGCCCUCUUUCAAAUUUUCCAGGUCGGAUCUUGUCAUUUGUAAUUUUAUAGCUUACAGAAACGUUUGGUUUUAUUUAAAGCAUAUGCUAAAGGUUCUGACAGAGACGAAUGUGAUAGUCCACCAUGUAAAAGACUGAAGCAAGGUCAGUUGCUACGAAAUAAGAAAAAAUGAUAAUAGUGUAUAUGUACGUAUACAUAAGAAACUCGAGCAAACUUGGGGCAGAAGGCAUCUAGAAAACCCAAUUUAGGAUCACUAUAAUCUAUUCGUUUCUCAGCCAUUGUUACCUCGUUAAAUUUAAGGUUUCCUAACAAUUGUUAAAGGGUCAAUAAUUUUGAAGCUGUUAUUUUCACCUGGCAAGCUGAGUAUUUAAAAGCAACUGAUGUUAUCAUUACGAUGUGCCCUGUUUUGGCUCGAUCAAUUAUUUGUAGGAUGGAACACUUUUACAAUUACUUUCUUGUGUGCAAGGGAAUCGUUGUUUUCACUGCAGUGUCACUGUAGUGAUACUGCAGAACUUUGCAAUAAUGCUGUGGCCCAUAAUUAAUGAUGACAAUGAUCUCGUGUGCAGAUUGUGUUAGAAUUGGACAAUAUCGUGCACACCUAAGAAUGUGUUUGUGAUGUUUGGAACAAUAAUUCCACCAUGAAACUUGCAAUUUUAUUUGUGAUAUAUUUUGCAACAAGGAAGACUCAUUUGAGGGGUAACCCCCAUAUUUUUUUAUUUCAGGAGUAUUGUCCUUUCCAACAGUAUCUUCAUCUCUGUUGACCUCCACUGGAUCAUUCAAGACUUCAGUUUCUGUCCAAAAUGAGGCUGUCAGCAUUAGCAACUGCCAAAACACACCAUCUGAACCAUGCAAGGAAAAAACUCAAUCCGGUGGAGGUCUUGUCACUGGCGCUCCCUCUCCCCCUGAUUUGAAGGAAAGUUUCGGAAAGGCACAGAAUACCACAGAUUCGUCAAAAAUUUCCAAAAGUUUGGUUCUUGAAAACAAAGAUGAUAAAUUAGUUAGGCAGAGAGAUGUAAGCUCCAUUUCCUCACCAGAAUCCACUUCCUCUUCCCGUGAAGAUGAAGCAAUGGUUAUAGAUCAGUCACCACCAGUCAAGGUAAUAAACAUCCAAAACCGACAAUAGGCAUAAAGAAAUGCAGAUCAUGUAUUAGUCCCUCUUGGUGCUUAGAUACUCAAAUUUCAGCUCCACUUCCUCAAAGAGACCCUAUAUACAUAUAUUACACUGUUUUGCUAAAGGUAAAGACUGGGAUCUUCAGACAAAAAACAAAAAAAGGUCUGAUAUCUGCCCUAACUAGUUCAAGGAAAUCUCUAAAGAUUGAAGUGAAGUUGAUUGUGACCUUGGUGUUAAAAAUUAUGUGAAAUCCUUGUACUACAGUGGUGUAUAUACCACCACUUUUUCAACUUUGUUCAUGUUAUCAGAGAUCUUGCUGCAUCUACAUGUACAAGAAAAGGAGACCAUGAUUAUUUUGAUCUGAUUUUUCCCAAUGAUAUUCAUUUAAAAUUGAUUAGUUUCUUUCUUUUUGUAUAGGGAAAUAGAAAGAGCCCAACCUUAAAGAGUGCUGAAAAGUUGAAGAGAAAGGAGGAACGGGUAUAGUAAUGACUUUUAUGGUAUUGUUGUAGUCUGCAUUGUUGUUUUUUAUUGUUUCCAUUAAAUGACUUUUCAGUAAUCUAGUGCUUUCAGUAAUAAUUAUGAUUCAUUAACAUGUAGACCAAUUUGGUGUGAACAUCUUUGGUAUUGAGACAGGUUAGGAAAAAUAGAUAUUUGUUCUUUAAAAUUUAAAUUGCAAAGAGGAGAAUGGGAAAUUGAAUAAUAGUUUUUUCUUGAGAUUUCCUUUUUAAUUUUAGGAGAAAGAAAGACAAGAGAAGCAAAGAUUAAGAGAGGAGAAACUAAAAGAAAAACAAGAGGCCAAGGCAGCUAAAGAAAAGGAAAGAUCAGAAGCCAAAAGGAAGCGUGACCUUGAAAAACAGGAAAAGCAAGCUGAAAGGGAGAGAAGAGAGAAAGAGCGAAUAGAGAGGAAGGAGAAGGAAGAAAAGGAACGCUUGGAAAAGAAGGGAAAGAGAGAGGAGGAAAGAAGGAAACGAGAAGAAGAAAAUAAGUAA